AUGGUGAAGGACUCGUACAGUUCGCAGUCGCUGCAGACAGGUGGACGCCAUGCUUUUGUAUCCGGGCAAAAGUUUGUGUAUGAUCUCAUCGACUGCAUGAAGAAUGACUUUCAGAGUCAGUACCUCAUCUGGCAAGACUUGUUCCGGCGAAGCGAGUAUCACCAGAGUGUGCAGACUCGCGAGGCGUCACUGAUUCUCUCGGCGAUCCGAGCUGUGCCCAUACCAUUUGUCAAGAUUUGCGAGGAUGUCGGUCAAGCAAUGUGCAGGGCAGUUGCUGACGUGGAAGGUCAGCACGCGAGCCAGCAUGGCUCUAUUCUGGACAGGUUCGAAGCAACGUGUCAAAGCUUGCUUGAGAAAGUGGCAAACGACGUGCCCGAGCUUGAUUGGCUCUGCGAGAGAGUCGACUUGUCUCUCAGAUCAUUCAACAGCACCCGCGCGCAGCUGGGUCAGAUAUGCCAGUCCCUCAUUGCCGGCUACUUCUUCCAUGCCUCUGGUUUCCGCUGGUUCCAGGUGAACGGGACCGGGAAGCUUGUCCAUUGCAACUCCUACGGUUGCAUCCGUGACCAUGACACCGACGAGGAUGCACUAUGCCGCAAGUUGGAGCAAGUCCUGGAAGAUGCUCCAGAAGCAUUUUGGCUCACUGCCAGCGAGGGGCGUCCCCGAGAGACGGAGUGGAGAGGCAAGAAGGUGGAAGUUGCUUGCAGCUUUGAGCAUGAUCUGGAAGGCCCAUUGAGCAGGCAUUUGAUCUCUGCCGAAGUAGCAGAGCGCUGCAAGCAAGGACUGGAGUUCUGGGGAGUCUCUGAUUCGAGCAGCACUGCUCUGAAGUGUGCAGUGGGCUUUACGUACUACUACUUUGGACUUGCAGAAAUCCUGGCGAGCCGCUCCACUGCUGCGAUGUUUGCCCUGGCUAGUGACAACUACUCAGAAGAGUACAUGCGGUGUCGCCAGUUCCUGCAAGGUCACCGACCACUCAAGCUUUUGGAAAGUGCUGUCACAGCACACUGCGAGUCCACACACGAAGACGAUGCAGAGGCUGAGCAGCCGGCCAAGGAGGUCGAUGACGAUAAUUACUUGAACUUCUGUGCAUGGAUCUGA